GCUGAUUAUAUAGUUUUUCUAAAAUAUGGAACAAUACUCUGACUCAGAUAUGGAGGACGGCGGAUGGAUUCAGUGGUUCUGAGACCUCGACGGUAACGAUUUCCUCCUUGAGGUAGACGAAGACUACAUCCGCGACCAGUUCAAUCUUUACGGAAUUAGGUCAAUGAUUAAGAAUUAUGAAAAAGCAAUGGACAUGAUACUGGGACAAGACAUCCCUGACUCUGAUGACUUUAGAGAUCCGACUUAUUUAGCUACUUAUGAAUCAGCAAUGGACUUGUAUGGGUUGAUCCAUUCACGUUUUAUUUUAUCCCCGAAAGGCCUGGCCAUGAUGAGAGAGAAAUACAUCACUGGUACCUUUGGAGUUUGCCCAAGAGUUAAAUGUAAGAGACAAUACGCUAUGCCAAUUGGGUCUAGUCAUAACCUUAAUGAGUCAAGAGUCAAGAUCUUCUGACCAAGAUGCGAAGAUGUUUAUGUACCAAAGCACGGUGCUAUUGAUAUAGAUGGCGCGUAUUUUGGGCCCGGGUUUCCUAUGGCUUUGACGCAAGCUUACCCUGAACUCUCUGUUGAAGAUGGCCCAGACCAAUAUAUUCCCAAGCUUUAUGGCUUCAAGAUCUUUGGAAUGAGAGGAUCUCAUUAUGAGUUCAAGUAUGAUGAGCAUGGAAAUCAGACUAACAGUCAAGCAAUCUUGGAAAUUCUUGAAAAUAAGAGGACAGAUGCUUAUGAUAACUAAUCAAUUUCUUCCGGC